UCGGCCAAGGAGGAAAAAAAGCUAUGAAUGAUGCCCUCUCGUUCGUCUGUCUCCAUUUGACGCGAAAACAGAACGCCCCUCAACUCGAUUGAUCGGCAUGGCUUCGGAUCCGGAGGAUGGCAGCGAGGUGGGUGGCCCUGCAGAGGCCGCAUCGCCGGCGGAGGUGGAGGCGGGCGGAUGCACCCACGCAAAGGUGGCUGCGCCGGCACCGGCGCCAGAGGGCGAGCCAGUAAAGGCACGCGACAGCAGCACCCACCAACAGGCUGGCGCUGAGUCGUCGACGCACCCCGAGGGCCUCUCCCUCAACUACGAGGAAGCAAGAGCUCUCCUUGGAAGAUUGGAAUUUCAGAAAGGCAAUGUCGAAGCUGCCCUUCGUGUGUUUGAUGGAAUAGACCUUCAAGCUGCCAUUCAACAGUUUCAGCCAUCGCUAUCUGAUAAGACACCGUCGAAGAAAGGGCGGACAAAAUCAGAAUUACCAAGUCCUGCCCCUCAAAAUCCUGCUAGCCUUGUCCUUGAAGCCAUUUACUUGAAAUCAUUGUCCCUUCAAAAGCUAGGAAAAUCAACAGAAGCUGCCCACCAGUGCAAAAGCGUCCUUGAUUCUGUUGAAAGUAUGUUCCAGAACGACACUCCUGAUAUCGAACAAAAGUUACAGGAAACAGUCAAUAAAUCUGUGGAACUUCUCCCUGAAGCCUGGAAACAUGCUGGCGCCUAUCAGGAAGCAUUGGCUUCUUACCGACGAGCUCUUCUUAGCCAAUGGAAUCUCGAUGACGAAUGUCGCACAAGGGUUCAAAAGAGAUUUGCCGCUUUUCUGUUGUAUGGUAGUAUAGAUUGGAGCCCUCCCAACUUGGCUCAGCAAGCUGAAGGCUCUUUUGUUCCAAAGAAUAAUGUGGAAGAGGCUAUCCUACUUUUGAUGAUAGUACUGAGGAAUUGGUACCAAGGCAAGACCCACUGGGAUCCGUCAGUGAUGGAACACUUGACCUAUGCCUUGUCGCUUUGUGGUGAAUCAUUGGUUCUUGCAAAGCAUCUUGAAGAGGUUUUGCCUGGAAUAUAUCCUCGUACUGAGAGAUGGUGCACAUUAGCACUUUGCUAUUAUGCAGCUGGUCAGAAAGAUACCGCGCUGAAUUUUUUGAGGAAGUCUUUAAACAAGCUUGAGAAUCCAAAUGAUAUACUUGCAUUGUUAUUAGCUGCUAAGAUAUGCAGUAAGGAGUGCCAUCUUGCUUCUGAGGGUGUUGAAUAUGCGAGAAGGGUAGUCGCAAAUGCUGGAUCAUCAAAUGCUCAUCUGGAGAGCGUGGGCCUCCAUUUCUUGGGGAGUUGUCUAGGUAAGAAGUCUAAGAUUGUUUCAUCGGAUCACCAAAGAUCUCUCUUGCAGACAGAAACUUUGAAGUCACUUGCGGAGUCAAUCGCUCUUAACCGCUACAAUGUGGACCUAAUAUUUGACAUGGGAGUUGAAUAUGCUGAGCAACGGAACAUGCAUGCUGCUCUGCGAUGUGCAAAGGAAUUUAUUGACGCAACUAGUGGAUCUGUUUCUAAAGGUUGGAGGUUGCUUGCAUUGGUUCUUUCUGCACAGCAGAGAUAUUCGGAAGCAGAAGUGGCAACGGAUGCUGCCUUAGAUGAAACUGCAAAGUGGGAUCAAGGGUCAUUGCUGAGGAUAAAAGCUAAGUUGAAGGUUGCACAAUCAUCACCGAUGGAAGCAGUGGAAGCAUACCGUGCCCUACUUGCUCUUGUCCAGGCCCAAAAGAAUUCCUCUGGAUCAUUCAAGAAUACUGCAGAGGGAGACAAUGAUAUUGUUAGCGAGUUUGAAAUCUGGCAAGGUCUAGCUAAUUUGUACUCCAGUCUCUCAUACUGGAGAGAUGCUGAGAUAUGUUUGCAGAAAGCUAGAGCCCUGAAGUCAUACUCUGCUGCAACACUCCAUGCAGAAGGUUACAUGCAUCAGGCGCGUGAGCAAACAAAGGAUGCCCUGGCCGCCUAUGUCAACGCAUUCUCGACCGAGCUUGAACAUGUGCCGUCCAAGGUGGCCAUCGGCGCACUCCUCUCCAAACAAGGGCUCAGGUAUCUACCAGCGGCAAGGUGCUUCCUCUCGGAUGCCCUUAGAGUUGAGCCCACAAACCGGAUGGCUUGGCUUUACCUGGGAAAAGUGCACAAGUCUGAUGGGAGGAUUGCCGAUGCUGCCGACUGCUUCCAAGCAGCUGUGAUGCUGGAGGAGUCGGAUCCCGUGGAAAGUUUCAGCUCGCUCUCAUGAGAUGGUCAGGGCUUGAAGCUUCCUUCAUGUUGAUUUCUACCCACUUUUCUCUUGGUGCAUAGUUGAAGGAAAUUUUAUUUCAGAUGUAGGUUGUAUUUAAUAUUGAUAUGCCUUUCUAAUGUUUACUCUUUGUUGGCCAUUCAACAACGUAAAUUGUUUUCCAUAACUGUAAUUGGUUA